UUUAUAUGCUUAAUCCAUCCCUAAGUGUUGAUCCUCGUUCUCGAUUAUUACUGUCUGGUGUUAAAGUGAAGAGGUUAGAGGUCUCUACAGAUUCCGCUGCCGCAGCGACAGCACGUGUGUGAUGAGAUUACACAGAGAAAUUUAGAAAUGGCUGCCAUUUACUCCGGCAUCCAUCUGAAACUGAAAAACUCUCGCACACCCUGGCCAGACAAACUAAAACUUGCUCGAUUUGCAUGGAUAUCAACACAGUGCCUUCUUCCUAAUAAAGAGCAGGUUCUGUUUGACUGGACAAGUCAUGCCCUCACUGGCUUUUACAAUAAGAAAGUGGAUGUACCCUCAGAGGUGGUGGAGGGUUUAUGGACCUACCUAGAUGAUAUCCUUCACAGCAGGAAGCUUCAUAAUGUGUUGAGUCAGGGAAAAACCAUUAGCCUUCGUCUCACACUAGCACAGAUUAUCAACGACAGGAUUUUGGACUGUUCUUCUGGAUUCAAAUCUGUCAGUUUCCACACCAUUCUGAGCUGUUGCCAUGGCAUCUUGACCUCCCCAGUGCUUUCUGUGACCUACACUGCUAAGUAUGAGUUGUUAGUGGAUCUCUUGAGUCGACUCUGUGGCUUGUCCAGCAUACAUCUCAGGCAGCAGAAAAGUGACGAGCCUCUCUCUCUCAAAGUCUUUGAGGUUCUCCUCCUUGUUCUCAGCACCUAUCUAACAGUGCAGAAACAGCAAGCAAACUCCAACCGAGUCUUUUCCCAGGUUACAGCACACCUCCUUCAUCCUCUUCUCCUGCUCAGACACUUGCUGAACACUAGAGUUUGGACUGAGAAGGAUGAUGUCAAGAUUCGCCAACAUCUGAGCAAGGAAAUCCGAAACAAAGUGGAUGCUGUUCUUCAGUCAGUGCUCUUCAUCCCUGAUCAUUUGAUGUCCUACAAGGAAGAAGUUUUACCAUUGGAGGAUAAAGCUGGGGCCAAAAAGGGCCAUGCAGGAAAGGGCUUGCAAGGCCCUAUCAAUAUGAUCCUUUUGAAACUUAAUGUCCAAGGAACUAACGAAGAGGAAGAGGCUUUAUUUUAUGCCGUUAAAUCAAACUCUCUCACUCUGCUAUUUAAAUUCGCCCUAGAUUCAUUUUGUAAAGGGGGAGAAAACAAGCAAGUGGUCUUCCACCUCAUGGCUAAGCUCAUUACUGCUUUGGGUUUCACAGAUGAACUGGAUAUAGAUGAGAGAUUUAGUGCAUUGAACUGGGGUAUUGCUUUACUCACUCUGGAGAACCUCCUGAACUCCUGUUUGGCUGGUGAUAUUUAUAAUGUGGCUGCGGACAGAAUACAACAUGGAGAGGUGCAAUUGAAUUUCUACAGGAAACUGGCUCGCCUAUUAUUUAACAAUGCCCAGAUGGGCAUCCCAGCUUGGUACCGCUGUCUCAGAGCUCUGCUUGCACUGAAUCACCAUAUCCUGGAGCCAGAUUUAGAUGAGCUCCUUUCAGCUGUGUGGGUUGAUGGAGACAACAUGGAAGUACGCGUUAAGAAAGCCAGAGAAGCGCUCGUGUCUGUCGUCUUGCAAACUUAUGCCAAACUCCGACAGCUGCCUAAACUUAUAGAAGAGCUGCUUGAUGUAGUGUGUUGGCCUGCAGCGGAUGAACUGAGACCACCGUUGUUGCCUGAAAUGAUACAAAAGGCUCUGAGUCAGUGUUUGCUAGACAAUCCUCCGAGCCAAAAUCUCGAGAUCUGUUGGCUCAUUUUAAAAAAGAUGCAGCGCUAUCUUCUCCCUCACAUCCAAGAUGAAGCAUCGGAUUUGGCACUGAAAGUGUUUUCUUUGUGUUCGCUCCUCUAUGCUGUACUCUUUAGUUUUAAGACCCUAGACAACAGCACCCCGGUGCCAAUCGUGAAGAAGACUCAGAAUCUUAUGAUGGAGAUGCUGAAGGUCGUUGAAGACCUUUUGAAAAAGAACCUUGUCAGCGAAGGUCCUUGGAUGGAGAAGGUCCAAGAGGUGAUCCUUCUGCUUACUUAUACUUGGGUUGAGGUGGAUACGCUCUUCCAGAUUCAUUGUUCUAAGUACACAUCGCCAGCUGCCUCUCAGAGUGGCGCUUUAGUGGACAAAGCCCUGACAUUAAGGGACAUGGACAGUCCAUUGGGUAAACUAUUACAGAACCAUCUUGCGCUCCACAAGCUGAAGGUAUGCUUGCUCAAACCAUCUACUGAAACAUCAGGUGCAUUAGAGAUGCAGAAAAUGGCUCAGUUUAUUCUAAAACGGCAAGAACUUACAAUGAUGCUUGACACCAACCAAAUCUGGGACUUUCAAUUUUGUACAGUUAAUGCCAACACUUAUAUAGCCGCCCACUGGUUUCUUGUUACCACCAACCUUCCAUUAAUUGCCCCUUAUCUUGGACCAAAUGACACAACUGUUUUUGCAGAAUGCAUGUUGAAGUCUUUGCUUCAGAGUUUGGAUGCCUCUGGAAGCAAUUUGGAGAACACUGGGAUCUCUGUCUCCUUAAUAUCCAGACAAUUACUCGAGAGUCCUGUUCUUUGGGAGCUCCCUGAGAUGUUCUCUGCAGUGAUAAAGUGCAUAAUCAAGGCAUUAUUCGGACAGCUUGGCUCAUCACACGGUCAGUUCGUCAGUACUUCAUUUUUCAAACCUUGUGUGAAAAUGGUUGGAGUUGAAGAUGAAGAAACAAACAUGAUGAGACUGAAAGCCAUCAGCCAGGAGAUGUUAGACUCUGUCAAAAUGAGCUCUUUCAUAACUCUAUCUAAAACACAGGUAGAUCGAUUACAGCAGCUGCUUAAAGUCACAAGUGUCCUGAAUGGAAAUGCAAUGUCCUCUGAAGACUAUUCAGAACUUUUUCUGACUUUGUUCACGCUGACGACUUGUGUUCAGUGUGAUGAAAGCAUCGAUGACUCUGCAUUUAUUGGAUUGCUCAAAGAGCUUUUUAAUGUUAUGGCUUCACUCCUGAUGGUUAAAAACUCUCAAAUGAUCCUGAAAGUUGUGCAUGGAAGUAAUCUCUUAGAGGCAACUAUGACUUCACUCUUUUCUCGGAGCAGCAAGGGGCUUUUCAAGGGUCUGGAUGGCCUGAUCUGGUUGUCUUUCCUUCAGUCAGUUCAAGUAUUCAUUCAGUACCUAAUUCAGCUCAUAAUCGACAGGAGGAGCAGCAUGUGCCUCAAUCUGGAGAAGUUCACCUCCUUCAUGGUUGAAAGUAACCUCACUGGAGUUCUGGCUGUAGAUGCAGGGGAUCUCUGCUCACUACAACUCCAUCUGGUUACUUUAAGCACGCUUUGCAAAGAAAUUAUGACAAGUUUUGGCAAGAACAAACAGCUGGAUAAGACUUUGACUCAUUUGUUAAAGAAGUCCACUUCUGUCAUGGAGCCAGCCAUACAGGCUAUGCUGAUACGCAAGGGAAGUAGACAGAUUCAGUCCUUUUCUGUUGAAAUGGUAACAGUCAUGAUCAGGUGUGAACUAGCAAGAGCCUCAAUCUCUGAAAAUGAUGGGCAGGAGAAAAUCUCCCACAUGGUGUUCUACCGGAGCUUCUGCCAGCAGAUCUUCAAGGAACUCAGCCCGGCACCACGCCCUAUGGACUUCCUCAUUUCAUCAAUUCACUAUCUCUCUGCGUUCUACAUGGCUGCGGAAAAGACCAAAGCGAAAGGUCUUGAAGAACUCCAUAUUAAGAUUUUGCUGAGUAUCCAUGCGCUGCUGUCAGGAACGUGGUUGUCGUUGUCAGACGUGAAGGAGCUGGAGGAGCCAGUAAAGGAGCUUCUUAAUCAGCUGGUGUCCAGCUGUUCUCAAGAACAGUUCCAUCUAUUACUGCUGAUGCUCAGAGAGGGACUUGUGCCAGCAAAGAUUGAAGGAGGCAACUGCACUGAGGUUCUGUCCACAGUAAUUUUUAUAAAGCUGCUUGCCUGUUGUCAGUUUCCAGAGCAUUGCUCGAAGGCUUUUUGGCUUAUCACCCCACAAAUCAUAUCUACUCUCAUUUUUGUCAUAAAGGAGUCCAGCAAGAUCCCUUCUCUGACCCGUGCGCUGACGUUACCAGCUCUCGAGACUUUGACCGUCUUGCUCCGGCAGAGUGAAGCAAAGAUCUCCAACCCACACCAUGUCAUUGUGGUCCUGGGUGCACUGCAGUUUGUGCCUCUCGACAGUCAUUCCAUGGAGGACUACCAUGCUGCUUUUGAGGCCAUUCAUGAAGCCUUGUUUGCAACUAUCCACUGCUACCCUCAGGUGAUGUUAAAGGCUUCUCCCACCUUCCUGAAUUGCUUCUAUCGCUUGGUUUCAUCAGUCAUGCAUGAAGGCAGACAGCGGGGUGACUCUGAAAGAGCUUCUGAGAAAGACAAAGAAUGUCUUCUGAAGUGUGCCAUGCUGGUGGAGAGGAUGUACACUCAUAUUGCCAAUGCUGCUGAAGAUUUCACAGUCCUGUCUUCAUUCAUUGUUGCCCAAUAUGUCAGUGAACUGCAGAGGGUGACGCUUCAGCCAGAAGUUAAGGCACAUUUAACAGAAGCCAUAUACUGUAUCCUGGACCAUUGUGUUGAACGAGACAUUAAGUUUUUGAACACCACCCUUCAAAUGGGUGUCAAGGAAGUGUUCAAUGAACUGUACAAUAGUUACACACACUAUCACAAAUCUCAAAGACAAGGGGAAGAAAAGUACACAGUCUAAAAAUCGCAUCCCGUUCCUUAAACUGUUGGUGUGAAGUGAAUACAUUUGUAAUUUGUAAUGUUUACUUUUAAUUACUCUGUUAUAAUUAAGGAAGACUCUAGAAAUGUUUAAAAGUAUGUUGUAUGUUAGUUCACUCAAACAUGAAAAUUUGUUGUCAUUUACUCACCCUCAUGCUGUUCCAAACAUGUAUGACUUUAUAUUUUGAUAAUUUUUUUAUCUAUACCGUGUUUUUUGAUUCACAGUGUUCUACAAAAUAGUUUUUUUGUUGUGCAUA